UGUUUAGGAAGACAGGGUAACCAAUGAUUUCCUACAUAUGGCUCUGAUCACUAAAGAUCAAACCUCACUUUUAUUUGGCUCUUUAUCAUUUGGUUCCCUCUAAAACUAUUUUUUUUUAUAUUUUAUUUUAUUCUUUGCUUUGCAAUCAAUUGCUUGAAGGGGAAACUGCAUUUCACCUGAGAUAUCAUUUCUUCAUUGCAUAACACUCCUUCGAGGAUACCAAGGGUUACUCUAUAUGCAAACAGAUGCUACAACGGGGCCACAUGCCCCCGUUGCAGCAGAUGGGAGCUUGAUGCACUCGGCAUUGAGCUCCCCCAGUUACUCGGAUUUAGUAAACCAGCAUAUUCAAACCCAUAUCAUGGCGGGAAUUCCCCUGCCCCCGGCCUUCGGGGAGGACACGGUCACCUUAGGCUGUGUCGGGGACGGGCUUUGGACCACCGGGAAGUACAUUGAGGGGACUACUAGCAAUCCUAGUGGCUCUUACACCUUUCAAUCCCCCCAUGCUUGUGUGAAUCCGACGUUUGAGCCCGGGUUUGGAGACUUCAACGGAUGCAUGCCUAGCCCGAUAAUGAUGAAUGAGUGGAUGUUGAUGGAGCACGAGAGGCUCAACCCUAAUCCCGUGCCUUCUCGUUUCAACAAGGAGCUUUCGUUGAGCCUUGCAAUGUCUCAUCCCCGCGUAGGAGGGGGCUCUGAGCUGAGCUCCACGGGCGUGAGCAGCUACUCGUCGUUGCACGUUGGGUCAGACAACACGUCGUGCAGCAGCAGCAAUGCAACGCAGCUGUCUGGAUCCCGUUUCUUCCAGCCAAUGCAGGAGAUACUUGCUGAGUUCGCCUGCUACGCGCUUGAAAACUGCGAUGGAACGAGCCUUGGCUGCUCGGACCGGCUUGAACACGACUCCGCCUCUCACAACAACAACAAUGAAUUCAAGAAAAGGCAUCUAAUGUCUUUACUUCAACUGGUCGAUGAUCAAUACAACCAAUGCAUAGACGAAAUCCACACGGUCGUCUCUGCAUUCCACGCUGUGACCGAGCUGGACCCUAACCUACACGCCCGGUUCACCCUCCCCACGGUCUCUGCCAUUUACAGAGGCCUCCGGGAGAGGACCAGCAGCCACAUCUUGGCAAUGGGAGCAGCACGACGCGAUGAAGGAGAAAACAGUUCGUGCGAGACAACCUUCAUGCAGAAGCAGUGGGCACUCCAGCAGCUCAAGAAGAGGGAUCACCAGCUCUGGAAGCCUCAGAGAGGCCUCCCCGAGAGAUCCAUCUCCGUGCUCAGGGCAUGGAUGUUCCAGAACUUUCUACACCCGUAUCCGAAAGAUGCAGAGAAGCACUUGCUAGCAUUGAAAAGUGGCCUAACAAGGAGCCAGGUAUCGAAUUGGUUUAUAAAUGCCCGCGUUCGCCUCUGGAAGCCGAUGAUAGAGGAAAUGUAUGCAGAGAUGAACAGAAGGAAGGCUCCAAGAAACCAAGAAGAUGCCAGUGGCAUCGUCCACGGGAAGCUUCUACGAUUUGAUAGCAGAAGAUUCGAUGUGGAUUAAUGUAUACAAUGAAGAUGAAGACAAAAAUGAAGUUGCUAGACAAGAUGGUAGUUCGAUAUGAUAUCAAAGCAGGACCAAGUCGUGAAAUCACGAAUAGUAUUAAGUUUCUAGACGAGAUAUAGCGAUUCAAUAUGGUAUCAGAGUCGGAUCCUCGAUGUAUCACACUAAGAAUAUGAAUGCAUGAUUUGUUAUUGAUGAUUAUUCCAACUUGGCAAA